ACAAGUGCCAGGCUUCCACCGUUAACCGUCGAGUGCAGUGUAAUAAGGAAUCGUUUAACGUUACAGGUGGCUUGAAAUUUGAAUCGUUGCCACAUCGAGUUCGAGUUUCAGUUGCUCAGUUUCUGAAUUAUUUGUAUUAAAAUCGCAGUAUUUGAAGUGUUUUUGUUGAAGGCGCAAACGUGUGAAAUCCAUUUUCAUCCCCCGAUAAUUAUGCCACUGUGCAACGUCGUACGCAUCGUCGUCCGUCGGUGAUGUCGGCCAUGCAGUGCCAGCAGCAAAAACGGUGCAUCGAUCCAGCGUACUAAAGGCAAGCCACGACCAGUCCGGGCUACGAAUACCAUACCGUCACCGUUCCAAUCGCAAACUGAGGCAGUAAAACGGUCUCUUCAUAUGGGUUUCACGCGUGCAAAGUGUUGGAACACUUGCGACUUGGAGUAGCCGGUAGCAGUAGAAAACCCAUAUUUAUUGCCGCAGACUAGCACUCAGCCGCUCGUUCAACCGUAGUAUCGCAAAUUGUGGUAAUUGGCUUGGCGGCGGUGAAACAUGCAGCAUGUUUGCUGCCACGAUACAAUAUGGUCCCCCCGGUGCCGGGUUUGAUACGCAUCUCGCGAGAUCAAUAGUGCUGUAAACGAAUCGAUCGGUGGCGCUGGUGCUGCUGGCAGAAGCACUAUGUGUUUGAUCAAGUGAAAAUCAACGAAAUCGAGAAGAAACGCGAGGAUUCAUUAGCAAAGCAGCUGAAAACAACCGCCCGUAGAUAGGACAAAUUAGUUGUGUUAAGCAUGAAGUCGACACAGAGUUGGUUCAAUCAACCGGAUACCCUCAACCCCGGCCAGCUGGCAAUCUAUGGGUCGGUAUCGUUUUUGAUUGUUUCGCUGCUCGGUCUGCUGAUCUACAUUACUUGCUCCAAGCGCUACCGGCUGAACUGGUACGAGAAGAAUCUCCUGGAAUCGGCCAAGGAACGUGAGGGCAGCUAUGAAGGACAGAUAAGCUGUCCAAUUGCGUACAACAUUGAUGCCGUCGCCGGAGCAUCGCGAUACCUCAACCGACCGGCGGGUGGUAGCCCACGGGCCAAGGCAGAGAACCCACCGUUCUGGGCGUCCCAGGGUUUGUAUCGGAAGAGUAACAGCCGGGGUCAGUUGAUUGACACGUCCGAUGAGGAAACCACCGGGGACGAUAGUGGCGAUUCGGCUUGCAGCAGCAGUAGAUCAGUUAUAGCAGCACCCUGCGGUGGAGCCGUCGCUAUCGCCAGCACGAGCAAGCAUGUCGUCCUCGUCUCGUCUAGCCCGGCCAAGCCCACGACCUCGACGGUGUCCUCGGCCGAUGGGAAGACGGGUGGGGCCGGUGGAGACCAACUCUCGACCGAGGCGAGCAAAAUCGAUAUGGUGGACAGUGUCAGCACUUGCAGUACGGUUAGCCGGGGCGAUAUGGCCGGGGAGGAUGCCCGGGGUGCUAUACGGUUGAUGCUCAGCUACGAUCCAGCAGCGGGAAUCCUGAACGUGAAGCUUGUGGAGGCCCAGGAUCUGCAGCCACAGGACUUCAGUGGAACGGCCGAUCCGUACGCCAAGAUACGGUUGCUGCCGGAUCGGAACAAUAUGUGGCAAACGAGGAUUCACAAAAAGACACUCAACCCGGUAUUCGAUGAGGACUUCGUGUUCGAGGUCCGCUCGGCCACGAUUGGGAGGCGCACGCUAGAGAUACUGCUGUUCGACUUCGAUGCCUACUCGCGCCACGUGUGCAUCGGUGGAGUGCAGUUCCCGCUGGGCCAGGUGUGUUUGGUAGAAAAAAUAGACGUUUGGCGGCCAUUGCUACCGUACACUGAACAGGACAACAAACAGGAUUUGGGCGAUUUGAUGGUUUCCUUGUCGUACCUGGCGUCAGCUGAGAAGCUCACAGUAGUUAUCAUCAAAGCGCGCAGUCUGCGCAUAAUGGACUCAACCAGAAACUCCUCCGAUCCGUACGUGAAGGUGUGCCUCUACAAUGCCGACGGAAGACGCCUCAAAAAGCGCAAGACAACGGUGGCCCGCAACACGACCUCACCGGUCUACAAUGAGGCACUCUCGUUCGAUGUCAGCCGGGAAACGUUGAAAGACUGCUCGCUAGAGUUUCUGGUGCUGCACGACAAUCUGCUGGGCCGGAACGAAACCAUCGGUCGGGCGAGCAUUGGUGCUGGGUCCGAGUUUCGGGAGGAGAAUCGAAAGUUCUUCGACGAACUGUUCCGCAACCGUGCCGCCACGGCCCAGUGGAUAUCGCUGUCGGAGAUGAAGCUGAAAUCGGAUGCUGCUUCGAAGAAGUAGUCAUCUUGGCUCAAUGUUCACAAAAAAAAUGCACACGCAAUGGGUUUUCACCCAGCCCGCCGCCCCAAAACCCUAGCGUUACAAAGCGGGAAUGAUUCCAAAUCGUUCGCCUUCGGGUUAUGUUGUUUGUCUUUCCUCGAAUGGUUUCCGCACGCGAACUUCUAUACCCAGAAAGGAUACCUGCACGGUUUUGAAUUAGUUUGGACAGUGGGUGAAUUCUUCUGGUGGGAGCACGCAUUCUUCUACAAUUGAUUUGCCAAAGAACUUUCAUCACGCUCUCAAAACGGUACGGUUUAAAAAAAGGGAAAACGGAUAAGGUCUGCACGUCGGAUGUCUUACAUCUUUACAGUUCUACACUCCGAACGCAGUCGCUAUCCACAGAGCGCGCCAUCGGCACUAAAAUGUCCAUAGAAAUAAUGCGAACUCCUGCCAGAAAGACUUCGAUUGAACACCGGAUUCAAACCCGGGGUUCUGUUUCCACGCGAUUUAUAAACUAAGGUGUAUUUAUCAGAGGCGGUUCUGUGGCGCCCUUUGCAUUAUUGCGAUUGCGGUUGCAAGUAAAAGAAUAUCAGAAUAUUUAUAUCUAAUGCUACGCAGGACUAUCAAGGAGAGCGGAGCAACAAUAGCAAGCAGCAAAGUGUAUGGCAGGAAC